CAGUGGAGCUUUCCAGUGACUCACAGUUAGGAUCCAAUUUACUUUAGAACUUUGACGACAUAACACAGUAACAUCCUAUGGUAAACGUGUAUUUUUUUCGUUUUGUGUGCAGUAGAAGUGUUGGUUGAAGCGUCAGAUUACAGUUGGCGGGAAACUCAUUUUCCCCGCAUUCAGUUGUGACGCACUUCCGGUCCCGGGACACCGCAUUGGGUUGCUGUGGGGAGAAACAGUUGGAAUGAGUUUAAUCGAAUAGCGAUCAGGUGGAGCGUGCUAAAGUGGAAGUUGCUGCUAUGUUGCAAGUGUAUUAGUGUGUUUUGGAGAGGCGUCCCGUCUUGCUGGGCGGCUUUUCUCGGGCUUUCACAACUUCCUCCUCUUCCUCCUCCUCAUCAUCAUCAUCAUCAUCAUCAUCAUCAUCACCACCACCAGCAUCAUCAUCAUCAGCCAGGUAGCAAUAUGAGCAAAGCCAGGCUGAGUCGGGACAGGAGGGCCUCCCAAGCAGCCCUCUCCAGGGUCACCCGCAGCACUUCCUCCCAGGUCAAGCAGGGCAGUCCCACUACUCCCCAGGUGGUGCUCAAAGGCCUGCAAGGACCCAGUGGCUCUGGCAUCCAGUGGGGAAGACCGUCCGAUUCAGCCCUGGCCGAGGACCUUAGCCUGAUGAGCGUGAGCGGGCAGUGGGAGGACACAACAUCGCGAAAAGGGAGAUUCUCGAAGACUGGAUCCUCAGCCACACAGCGAGGACCUUCAGGUUCAAAAGCUCUUUGCACAGCAGCCCCCCAGGGGACUCUGAAUGCGAUCGCCCGCCUCAUGAAGCUUGGCCGAUGUCGCAACGUGGUCGUGGUGGCAGGGGCAGGAAUCAGCACAGCCAGCGGCAUUCCAGAUUUCAGGACCCCGGGGACAGGAUUGUAUGCAAACCUGCAGAAAUAUAACGUCCCCUUCCCGGAGGCUGUCUUUGACAUUGACUUCUUCUCCAAUGACCCCCGACCCUUCUUCUCACUGGCCAAAGAGCUGUACCCCGGGUGCCACAAACCCAACUACAUCCACUACUUCAUCCGCAUGCUGCACCUGAAAGGCCUGCUGCUCCGAAUGUAUACUCAGAAUAUCGACGGUCUGGAGAAGAUGUGUGGUAUUCCUGAAGAGAAGUUGGUGGAGGCUCAUGGGAGUUUUAAAUCUGCCUCAUGUCACCUCUGCUACACUCCGUUUUCAGCUCAUGAAGCCAAGCAAGCCAUAAUGAAUGACAAGGUCCCCAUAUGCACAAUCUGCGAAGGGACAGUCAAACCAGAUGUUGUGUUUUUUGGAGAGGAUCUUCCCCAGAGCUACUUCCAGCACUGCACUGACUUCCCCAAGACUGACCUUCUCAUAAUCAUGGGCACUUCCUUGCAGAUCGAGCCUUUCGCCAGCCUUGUGGAUACAGUGAGGUCCACGGUGCCCCGCCUGCUGCUCAACAGACACCCUGUGGGGCCUUUCCUGAGGGUGCCCCUGCGUAGAAGCGACUACAUGGAACUGGGGGACUUGGAGGACUCUGUGAGGCGGCUGGCUGAGAUCUUGGGCUGGCACCAGGACAUCUGUGACCUGAUCCAGGAUCAUGAGCAGAAGGUGCAUGCAGCGUUCUCAGGGAGGGGUGGCUACCUCCCCCAGGCCGACAAGGACAUCGCACUUCAGACACGAGAGCAAAGCAGCGAUGACGAUAGCUGCAACUCUGAGACACCCAGCUACUGAGCUGGAUUGCUGACCUUGGAUGUAGAGGGGACA